AGCCUGAGACUACAUUCUCCAUCAGAAAUCUAUGUAAAAUACUUUACCUUUUUUGUGUUUUGUCAAUAGUGAAAUUUAGAGUGGUACGUUUUCUGACUCCCAACUUCUUCUAAAGCAAAAUUGCAAUGGACAAUUAUGAGAGGGCCAGGAAACUGCAGGAGGAGGCGGGAGUUCCUCCCGGAGGAAUCCAGCGGUGCUGCUGCAACUGCAGGAGGAAGCUGGAUCCCUACCAGCUGUUUGACGACAAUGUGGAGGACAUUGCCAAGAGUCUGGCGCAGAUAAUGCUGAUCUGCGGCAUCAGCACCACAAAAUCCUGUGCCGCCAGGUCGAUAAUCAAGAGGGCUUUCGUUUACCAUGAACGGCUGCGCACCACCUGUCCACCAAAUCCAGCGCCUGGGAGUCGUCUGAAUCGGGAGGACUUGCUGCAGGCUCUGCGACUGAAGUGCGAAAUGGAACCGGUGGAGGCGAUGCUCACCUAUGCCAUCAUCAAGCGCGCCUUCAAGGCCUUCUACCACGGCAAGCCCCUGGUGACCAUCAGCAAUCCCAUAGUGGAUGCGAUGACGGUGCACACCCAGCGUGCUGCUUGGAUGCAUGCCGCCCACAAGACCUCCAGGAUCUUCGACAACUACAAGGCGGCCUUCUUCUGGGCGCACAAACACUACGAGAGGCAGAUCAGUCUGGUUUACUCAUCGCUGUAUCAGCGGAUGACUACCAGAUCGGACCCCCUCCUGGUGCCCGGCUGUCCCUGCAAGGGAUGCUCCAAGCAGGAGGUUCCCGGACAUACCAAGGCCGGCCAGAGGCAGAUGAUGAAGCUCAAGCUGUCGGAGGGUGCAGAUCUACCAGAACCCUGUCUCCUCUGUGGCUUGCAAGUGCCGCAAAUGGAUAAGGAGGUCAAGAUGAAGAAGCCACCGCGUCCGAUCAUCAACCAUGAGGUCAAUCUGCCCAGAUGCCAGCAGUGCAAUUCUCCCUUCCUCAUCUGCGAGUGCAACAUCGAUCAGCUGACCGGCGAGCAGUUCGGCGAAUGUGGCCAGGACUCCUACAAGGUGAAGUGGUAUCGUCUGCAGGAACCAGUGCCCAUAUCCCAACCCGUCUCCCGGCCGCUUGGCGAGGAGGAGCAAGAAACUAGCUUUGAUGAGGCCAUGGAACCUCCGGAGGACUGGGACAAUCAUCAUUGUCCCAUUGACUGCAGGCACGACUCCUGCAGCGAGUCCUCGAAUGUUUGCCAUAGCACCUCCUCGUCUGGAUCUUCGGGCAGUGACUUUGCCACCUGCUCCGAUGGCGGAGACAAAGAGGAGGAUGUGGUGGCCAAGCUGGAGGAUUACCUCAACAAACUGUGGGCCGAGGAGGUGGCCCAGAAGAGGAAUCCCUCGUAUGUGCCGAGAACGAUCAUGCCUCCUGGUCCGAAGUGUCUGAAGUGCAACGACUAGUUUCGGAGUUUGUCCGUUUAAAUAUUUGCUAUAUAAAUUAUUGAGUGAUGAAAAGUGAA